UCGAGUUCGAAUCGACACGAGUGAGUUCGCGCUCGAGCAGCCUUUACUCGUUGUGCACCCUACUUCCCGUCUUCCUCGGUGCUUCUUCGUUAGUAGCGCCGGCCACCGGUGAAACCCAUCUUCCUCUGCCACGGUCGAGCAAGCGGGACAGGUUCAGGGUCUUCUUCUUAUCAAGAUUUUGCUCAACAGCGGCAAAGAUUGUGGCAUUCCCUGCAAGUCCUUUUGGUGGCUGAAGGUGAAAAGAAGAGAUGUCAACUCUCAAAGAAAUCUUGACAAGAAGGCCUGUUGCAGCAACCAUUCGGUUAACAGUGCCCGCUGGUGGAGCUCGACCCGCUCCACCAGUUGGGCCAGCACUUGGUCAAUAUCGGCUCAAUCUAAUGGCCUUCUGUAAAGACUUCAAUGCUCGGACUCAAAAAUACAAGCCUGAUACUCCAAUGGCUGUGACAAUUACUGCCUUCAAGGAUAACACAUUCGAGUUCACAGUCAAGUCUCCAUCUGUGACAUGGUACCUUAAGAAAGCUGCUGGCAUAGAAUCUGGUAGUAGUCGGCCUGGUCACAUCAAGGCCAGUACCCUCACUCUGAAGCACAUCUAUGAAAUUGCCAAAAUUAAGCAAUCUGACCCUUAUUGCCAAUAUAUGCCCCUAGAGUCUAUCUGUAAAUCCAUUAUUGGGACUGCAAGGACCAUGGGGAUUGAGGUUCAGAAGGAACUGGACUGACUUUUUCCUGAGCUUCUGUUACCUGGAAAACCCAUUUUAAGAAAAGAAUCUGGUAACUUUGCAUAAGUAAUGCCUCGGAAAUGUCUGUUGGUGAAAACCACACCACUCUACUAUUGUUUCAUGUUUUGUAAGUUCUUUUAUGCUUCUCCCUUUUUGUCUUC